UCCCCUCUCCCCUUUGAUUGGCAACCAAGAUGUCGGUGGAGAAAAAGCUCCCCGGAGCAAGCUGUGGGCAACGGCGACAACAAGCACCUGCAGCAGGAGCGCACCGCUCUCCAUAGCAUCAGGACCACAGCAUGCUGAACUAAAACUGCACACUGUCUCCAAUCAAUCUCGACCUCGGCGCAUGGAGUAUUUAAAAAAAAAAAAAUCCAUUAUAAUUCCCUCAGAUUUAUUAUUCAGCCUUGCUGUCUGUUAUUUAUAAUAUAACAUUUUUCAGUCAUGGAUGAAGAUAAUAAGACAAAGAGCGAAAAGCAGCAUCUAACUGUCCAAAAAGCAUUGCAGCAAUGUGAAUUGGUCCAAAAUAUGAUAGAAAUCAGCAUCUCCAGUCUGGAAGGGUUAAGGACUAAAUGUGCCACAGCAAAUGACCUAACGCAAAAAGAAAUAAGAACACUGGAGGGUAAACUUGUGAAGUACUUCAGCCGUCAGCUUUCCUGUAAACGUAAUGUUUCUCUGCAAGAACGGAGUGCUGAGUUAGAGGGAUUUCCCCACCUCGUUCAUUGGUUUCGGAUUGUAAAUAUUCGCAAGGAAGUGAUAGAGGACAUUGCCCCUGAUCAACUGACUCUAGAAGCACUUUUGGAGAUGACUGAUGAAGACGUGUGUGAAACAGUGAAGAAAUAUGGGACAAACAGUGAGGAAUGUGCCAGAUUAAUUGCUUCAUUGUCCUGUCUACGAAGUGUUUAUAAAUCAGGGAGUGGCCAUUCCAGCCAAGACUGGGUCAUCCAAUGGCCUACAACAGAAACUGGGAAAGAGAAUACUCCUGUCAGCCAAGCGGAACCAGUCAUGUGGCCUGGAUGCAGCAUCACACUAAGCCCCAAGAUGCCAUCAAAGUUCAUGCAGCAAGACUUCCAUUCAGUGCCUGUGCUAGGAACCAAUUGUACUUACACAGAUAGACUGACCAUUGGAGAUCCGAUUGGGCUUUAUCCUACAUUUGAGAGUGGGCCAAGUUCACUGCCACCAUCUCCACGGCAGCGUCAUCCAAUUCAUACCCCCCCUCGGACUCCUCCUAUAGUAAAAACAAUGACACCUCCGGGAACACCACCUGUGAGGAGGAGGAACAAACUGAAACCACCUGGAACUCCUCCACCAACGUCUCGCAAAUUGAUUCACCUCAUUCCUGGCUUCACUGCACUACACCGAAGUAAAUCACAUGAGUUCCAGCUAGGAAACAGGGUGGAAGAAACGCAUACUCCAAAAGCAAAGAAAAAGAACAAGCCUCUAAAUCUGAAGAUACAUAAUAGUGUUGGCAGCUGUGAGAACAUCCCAGCUCAACGUUCUCCUCUUCUCUCAGAACGUUCUUUGCGCUCCUUUUUUGUUGGACAUCCAUCUUUUCUUCCUUCCACACCUCCAGUUCACACUGAUGCCAAUUUCUCAUCAAAUACAUUGUCAGUGCCUCGAUGGUCCCCACAGAUUCCCCGCAGAGAUCUUGGGAAUUCAAUAAAACACAGAUUUUCCACGAAGUAUUGGAUGUCUCAGACCUGCACAGUAUGUGGGAAAGGGAUGCUUUUUGGCUUGAAAUGCAAAAACUGCAAGUUGAAGUGCCAUAACAAAUGCACCAAAGAAGCUCCACCUUGUCAUUUACUAAUUAUUCAUCGUGGAGCAAGACUUGUGCGAACAGAAUCUGUGCCAUGUGACAUUAACAAUCCUCUUAAGAAGCCACCCAGGUACUCCGAUCUGCACUCCAGCCAAACACUGCCAAAAACCAACAAAAUUAAUAAGGAUCAUAUACCGGCCCCUUACCAGCCGGAUUCAAGCAGUAAUCCUUCAUCAACAACAUCUUCAACUCCAUCAUCUCCUGCACCACCUCUCCCUCCCAGUGCAACACCACCUUCACCUCUUCAUCCGUCACCACAGUGCAUUCGCCAACAGAAACCGUUCAACCUGUCAGGUACAACUCUUCAUUAUUCUGUUUCUGCCUUUUCUCUGUUGCAAGCUUCUCAUUAUUACAAGUACAAGCAGCAGUUCAUUUUUCCAGACGUCACACCUGAGACACAAAAUCGAACUCCACAAGUUGUCCUUCAUCCUGUCAACUCUGAUCCCACUGGAGGAAACCCAACACUUCGAGUGGAAGUGAAUGAGCCCACUUCAGAGAAUGAAGAUGCAAAUGAUGCUUCUAAGUCAGAUGGUUCGGAAGAUGACUUUGAGGAAAUGAAUCUAUCAUUAUUGUCUGCACGGAAUUUUCCACGGAAAGCAAGUCAGACCAGCAUUUUCCUCCAGGAAUGGGAUAUCCCAUUUGAGCAGCUGGAAAUUGGAGAACUCAUAGGCAAAGGACGCUUUGGCAAAGUCUACCAUGGUCGUUGGCAUGGAGAGGUAGCAAUCCGUUUGAUUGAUAUUGAAAGAGACAAUGAGGACCAUCUAAAACUUUUCAAAAGGAAAGUAAUGGCAUAUAGACAAACCCGACAUGAGAACGUGGUGCUGUUUAUGGGAGCCUGUAUGAGUCCCCCUCAUUUAGCUAUUAUCACCAGCCUCUGCAAAGGAAGAACUCUUUACUCUGUUGUAAGAGAUGCUAAAAUGGUGUUGGAUGUGAACAAGACCAGACAAAUUGCUCAGGAGAUUGUAAAGGGUAUGGGUUACCUACAUGCUAAAGGAAUUCUUCAUAAAGAUUUGAAAUCAAAGAAUAUAUUUUACGACAAUGGAAAGAUAAUCAUUACCGAUUUUGGACUCUUCAGCAUCUCUGGAGCUUUGCAAGAGGGCAGGAGAGAGAGUGAAAUGAGGAUCCCUAAUGGUUGGCUGUAUCAUCUGGCUCCUGAAAUUAUUCAACAACUCUCUCCAUCAACAGAUGAAGAUAAACUCCCGUUCUCCAAGCAAUCUGAUGUUUUUGCAUUUGGAACCGUAUGGUUUGAGUUGCAUGCACGUGAGUGGCCUUUCAAGAAUCAGCCCUCAGAUGCGAUAAUAUGGCAAGCCGGGCGAGGAAUGAAGCCGAAUCUAAGUCAAAUUGGUGUAGGAAAGGAGAUUGUGGAUAUCUUGCUUUUCUGCUGGGCCUAUGAGCAGGAGGAACGCCCUAGUUUCUCGAAGAUCAUGGAGCUGCUAGAGAAAUUACCCAAGAGAAACCGCCGGCUCUCUCACCCUGGACAUUUCUGGAAGUCAGCUGAGUAUGUUUCCCUUAGUUCCAAUGUGUGAACGUCCAGGCACACGUUGUCGGAUUUUGGAUCCAGCCUUUGCAUUUCAUGCAUUGCGUUCAGUUAACCAUUUGCUUUAUAGUGUUUCAAGCAGUUGUUGGACAAUUAAUCAUCCAAGGAUUCAAAACAUUGAGAAUCAUAAAGUGAAACUCAAAAUGAGUGUUGUAAACCUCAGUGUUAACUGAAUAAAAUGUGCAGCUGUAGCAGGCACUACAUUGCACAUCUUCUGGUAGCCCCUGCUCCAAUUGUCAGGAGAGAGAAUGCACAGCAUGGAAAUGUUGCUUGAUUUGGUUACUCAGAUUUGUUUAACUUUCAGAGGCGUGUACACAAUGUACUCUUGGAGAAAAGGCGACAAAGAUUUAUGUGAAUAAAAUGAGUGACGUGUUUGCCAAAAAUAUAAACUUGCAUGAACCUGUGACUCUUUUGCCUCCAUGAGGAAAGUUCCAAUUGUUCUAAAGGUCCCUCAGAUGAAUGGAACAUACAGUAAUUAGGAAAAGUGGCCUAGUUCACUUUCUGUGGAAAUCGUAAAAGACUACAUUACUGGGACAUCAUGCAAUUUUGACAUUGAGAAAGCAAAGGUAGAUCCAUAAGGAUUAUUGUCCUUUACUGCAGCAUGGUAACUGGAUUAGACAGUACCUUUGAGAGGUGAAGGAUAAAGUGUAAUCUUAUCAGGUGUUGAUGGUAUAUACAUUCUUAUUCCUUGAAAAAGGCUGCAAACAGCACAUAGUGCUCCUUAGUUGAUCAGUCAUGGUAUAUCAAAUCUUACCUACAUGGGUUUCAAAGCAAAGCAGAAGCAAAUUGCCACUGAGAGUCUUGAUCACAAACCCAGAAAUGAAGCAAGCGGGUUGAGCUUUAUGGACUUUUCUCAUUCGUACCUUCUUAAUGAGCUUAUUAUUAUCAGUAGCUGUGGUGUUCAUUCUGACCGAUUGCCUGUAAAGGGAUUCUGCUGUGUUGAGCUUUUAUUUUGCCAAUCUAUGGAAGAG